AUGGACGGAUUCCUCACGAGCACACUCUCGGCUGCAGCCGCCGCAGAGGACAACGAUCCUGCGCUCCUGCGCAUAGCCAAAGCAUUUGAAACCAUCGCCGCUGCGCAAGUCACAAAGGCCGCAGCGCAGCGAUGGCGUCACCGGACUUCCCCGGCCACUCAGUCGACCGAGCCUCACCGCCAGGCCAGCAAUGAAGGGGAGGAGGACCCGUCCAACUCAGCUGAGCGCGGUACUUCGGUGCCGAGCGAAGAUGCAUCCCAGAGCCAGCCGGUGCAGGUAACGUCGACAGGGGGGUCGGGGGAGAGCUCAGGGCCCACGGCGCUAGUGGAGCCUGAAGAAUUGCGGCGCAGCAAACGUGUUGCACAAAAGACCAAUCAAAGCCAGUAG